GGGUAACAAAACACGAUUGUCACUCCUGACACAUCCGAACACAGUAUCGAGUACGACAAACAUUUUGUCAGCCAGAAGCAAUGCAGUUGAAGUCUUUCCUUGAAGCUAUCAUUGGUAAUAUCUAUAUUCUUCUUGGAAUAACCCUCCCACCGUGUUUUUGUUGCACUGGUGACGAUUGUCGAAACAUUAUAUUUCGGGACCCAAUACAAAACAUGGCCAUGAAGGAUCGUGUGAUCUGGAGUGCAGAAGUGCCCAAUGAGGGGAGCUGCAGAGUGAUGUGUUAUAUGGAGCCUGACUGCGUGUCCAUUAAUGUUGGACCUGUAGAAGGAGGAAACCAAAAAUGCGAGUUGAACAACGCCACCGAGGAAAACCAUGUUCCAUUUCUUCUUAUGAAUAAACCAGGCUUCAUAUAUCUUGCAAUCGAGAAUCCCUGCAGCAGCAGUCCAUGUUUGAACAAUGGCACCUGUCAAGCUGGAUUUACCAGUAAAGGUUUUCGUUGUGUUUGUCGUCAUGGAUUCAGUAGAGAAAACUACCAGUUGCAAGGCCUGAAGAAAAAUUGUGCUGAAAUUUACAAAGCUGGAGGAAUAAGAGAUGGAAUGUACACCAUAAAACCUGAUAACUCACAUGCCUUUGAUGUAUUCUGUGACCAAACAACGAAGGGUGGAGGAUGGACUGUGUUUCAGAAGAGACUGAACGGCUCGGUUGAUUUCUAUCGCUACUGGAACGACUACAAAUGUGGGUUUGGUGACCUGAAUGGCGAGUUUUGGCUCGGAUUGGACAAGAUUCACCGCCUGACCUCUGAUGAUAACAACGUGCUGCGUAUAGACUUGGGAGACUUUGAAGGAAAUAAUAGUUAUGCCGAGUAUGACUUGUUUGGUGUCAAAAGUGAGGAAGACAAGUACAAGCUGAUCCUUGGUUCGUAUUCAGGAAAUUCUGGUGACUCUCUUGCUUACCAUCGCGGUAUGCCAUUCACCACAAGAGGUCAAGAUAAUGACAAUCAUGGGGGUCACAACUGCGCCCUUAAGUUCAAAGGAGCCUGGUGGUACAAGGAGUGUCACUACUCAAAUCUCAAUGGCUUGUAUCUUCGUGGCAGUCACUCCUCCUUUGCUGACGGAGUGAACUGGUUUCACUGGAAAGGAUAUUAUUACUCUCUAAAGAGAACCGAGAUGAAAAUAAGACCAGUCAAGUUUAUGGCACAACAAUCAAACAGUACCAACUUAACAAAAAAACGAGUGUCUCGAUCAACUUUUGUUAAAGUAAACAUCUUGCACUGUUAUGGAUAA